UAGCGCUCCGCCAUAUUGACUGUUGUCUUGACUGAAGAAGAUAGGGAACAUUUGUGAUCCUAGAAGAAUCGAAACCGUGCUUUUAAACAUCUCUAAACUGGUGCAACCUUGGCCAAAGGAUAUAUCCGACACCUGCGUGAUGGCGAGGAAGAAGAGCAAACAGCAAGGAGUCGGGAGCAAGGAGUUAGUGCCCGGACAACAGAGCAUAUCGAAGAGCCCCGUCUCUCCCGGAGAUGCAGCUGGCGGCGGUGGUGGCGGAGAUGCAGGGCUGGAUAGACUGGCGGCCAGGACGAAUCAGCCGAGGCACACCUGCUGCCUCCUGUGUCACCGUGAGUUUAAGGACUGGGGGGCGAGCUCUGCCAACGGUCUGCCUGGGGGCCACGGGGCGAAGCUAGCUGACGCUGUCCCAGCCCUGUCCCAGGCCCUGCUCCGAGAGGUGCCGGGCCAGAAGCUGUCCGACACCGUGCCUUCGCUGAGCCAGUCUCUACUGGGAGAGGUGCCGCUCUGGAUCUGCCAGAGCUGCCGGAAGAGUGUUGAGGAAGAGGAGAGACAGAGCACCCAGGAAACGCCUGCACCGGUUCCGUUGUCCCACUCGUCGUCGUGUAAGGCUCAGAGUUGUGGGAAUGGUUACCCAGAGCAGAGCUCCGUAGACUGGGACCCAUCUUCCUUCCUCUCAGCCCACAAACUUUCUGGUCUCUGGAACUCGGCUCACAGCAACGGAGGGAUCCACUGCAAUCACAGCACUGCCUUGCACGCACAGCAAGGAACAGGGGGACCAGCGUGUCACGAGAAGCGAGGCUCUCAUGAGGCUCCUGGGAAAUCUGCUAAAACACCUGGGGCCAAGGUGUGCCCCUACAGUCACCCUUCCCAGAAUUCCAGUGGUUCGUCCCCCGGGAACCCGCUCUCUACCUCCGGGGACCUCUGUAAAACCACCCCAAAGCACUUCAAGACCAUGUGCAGACGACCAACUCCGCCUGGCGAAGCAUUCCACCCCAGCGACCACCACCAACACUCAGACCUGUCUGUCCCCCCCAACAGCCCCACUGGCCUCUCCUCCUCCUCCUCUCAGCAUUCCUCUCCCCUGCCCCUCAAGCAGAGCUCCGGAGGGCAGCAGCACGGCCAUGUCACAUCCUCCUCCUCUCCCGGUCUAGCUGCUCACGCUCCCUUCUCCCCGCUGGUACCAAACCUCCACGUCCCCGCGGCAGGGGCCAAGCUGGGGGCCCUGGGUGGCCCUGACUGCCCAACAGGGGCUCUCCAUAAGCCCUUGGCAUGUAAGAACUCACACAUUCCUCCUGUAAACGGUCAGCACAGCAAACUGGGCCCCACCCUGAUGGGCUGUAACCACCCAUGCAAUGGCCACAGUGGAGGGGCACUGCCCUCUUCCAACGUGGAACACCUGACCGCUGGGCAACACCUGACCGCUGGGCAACACCUGACCGCUGGGCAACACCUGACCGCUGGGCAACACCUGACCGCUGGGCAACACCUGACCGCUGGGCAACACCUGACCGCUGGGCAACACCUGACCGCUGGCGCAUGCAGGGACCAGGCGUGUAAAGGACAUAAGCUGUCUAACGGGGUGGGGGGGUUGUGUCACCCCCCUUCGGAGCUGGAGGAGGGAGAGGACGAGGACUCUAGUUCGGAGAGGAGCUCCUGUGCUUCCUCCUCAAACAACCAGAAGGAUGGGAAGUACUGUGACUGCUGCUACUGUGAGUUCUUCGGACACAACGCGCCCCCGGCCGCUCCGACCAGCCGUAACUACACAGAGAUCCGUGAGAAGCUCCGAUCCCGUCUGACGCGUCGUAAGGAGGAGUGUCUUCCCCAGAGACGGGACUCGGACCCGGCCGUGUCCACCUCCAUCGACAACCGAGACGUGGACGAGCUGUUGGACUUCAUCAACUCCUCAGAGCACAAACCAGCCAACAGCGCUAAGGCUGCCAAGCGGGCACGCCAUAAACAGAAGAAGAAGGUGAUGUCAAAUGACAUGGAGAAGCAAACCCAGGCAGGUAGUGGUGAUGGUGAGGGAGCUGGUAGCGACCCCCCCUCAACCCCUCCGGAGCCCAGUGAGGACCCAGACCACCUCAGUCAGGAGGAGGAGGAGGAGGAGGAUGUGGACGGGGAGUACGGUGAAGGCCCGGAGGCUAGUCGACUGCUGGAGUGGCCCCAGCUGGAACUAGAGAGGGUCAACUCCUUCCUGACCUCUCGGCUAGAGGAGAUCAAGAACACCAUCAAGGACUCUAUCCGGGCCUCGUUCUCCAUGUACGACCUCAACCUGGAUGUGAAUGACUUCCCUAAAAAGGCUGCUACUCUGGAGGGCAACCAUCUUCUCUCCCACCUCAACGGCUCCUCCUGCUCUGACCUGCAGCAGAUAGACCUAGACCUGGCCCCUCUCUCCCUGGGUACCUUCAAGAGCCAUCUGGACCUGGUCAGCGGCUGGGAGGAGGCCCAUCCCCGGGACAACUCCCCCAUCGGCCCCAUCUCACCCCCGGCUUGUGCUACUGUACCUGGGGUAGGGGGACCAUGGGCUGCGGCUGGGGUGAAGGAUGUUCAGAGGCUCCACACCACCCCCAGCCUCUCCAAACUGAUCCGGGUGCGUUCCCCAGAGAGGUGCCGCUCUGCUAGGCCUGAGAAUAAACAUCAGGCUCCUGCUUCAACCCAGACCUCCACCACGGUGGCUAAGCCUAAAGAGGAGACCCCAGCAGAGCCCAAGAGCAUUACUAUCCCUACUCCUGGGGCUGGGGUUAAUGCUGGGGCUGGCAAGCUGAAGAAGGGCAAGAAGCAGCAGCAGCAGCAGCAACGGCAGGACCAGCUGCCUCCAGAACAGAACCAGACCAGACCCGGAUCCAAAGCAGCUGCAGAAUCUCCGAAAACUGGUCCCAACAGUUCUGAUGCUGUGAGUUCUAAGGCUGGUUCUGGUUCCAAACCACCACCUCACUCAGCUGAGAGCCAGAGAACUGGGCCAAGGAGGGCAGAGGAGACCAGGCCCACCCGGCAGCAGGCCACCAACGGGACAGUGAGUAGCUCGGGUGCUACCAGCACCCAAAGAGGGAAGGGGGAGGAGCAAGAGGCCAAAGGUCACUCUGUCACCUCAACCAAUCACAACCAAGCCCAGCAGCAGCAGCCCAAGGGGAAGAAUAAGAAGAACAAGAACAAGGGAGAGAAAACCAGCCGCAACAUCGAGGAUGUGUUUCUCCCUAAAGACGUAGACCCAAAAGAAAUGGAUGAGAUUGAUCGUGAGGUGGAAUACUUCAAACGGUUUUGCCUUGACUCUGCUAAACAGACCCGCCAGAAGGUUGCAGUAAACUGGUCCAACUUUACCCUCAAAAAGGUUCCUUCCAACGCAGCCCAGUAACUGACGGGUUCUAGAAUGCUGAACCCCCCCCCCCCCCCCCCCAACAUAACUAUGUCCAUGCGACGGCCUGAGGCCUUCUCUUCUCUCAUUCCUCCUCCUCCUCCUCUUUUUCCUCACCAAGCCAAGGGACCCUGGUGCAACACCAUUGUCUCAUGCAGGACUGCGAUACUGCGUUGCUAUUGGCUGACAGCCAGGGAUCAUUCACACACAGGGGCGACUGAGACUAGACUCUGCUGUUUCGCAACGACGGAGAUGAGAUCCAGGUUGAAACAUGGAGAACUCACACCCUUCUGUUUAUCAGAUCUGAUCUACUGUGUACUUCACUAUGUAGUAUGGAAAACAGUUACCUUAUACAAUAAAAAAGUGUUUUUAUUGCAAUUGUGGCACAUUUUAA